CACGAGUUUAUCCCACUCUUCUCUUAUAUCUCCUCCUCGAGGAUAAUCAUAAAAGAAAUGAACAACGACCCCCAGACUUCCGCUCAACCAAACACACUCAAGCGGGCUCUUUCUCAAUCCACUACUUCAUCCACCUCAUCAGCCACCACCAACUCCCACGCUACAAAGACCAGGCAUCACAAGGCAAGCCGUCUGUCCAGCGUAAAACAAUUUCUCCGGUCGCGCUCCCACUCUCCGACCGCGGCUUCUUUCCCUUCGAAUCGCUCCUCUCCAUCAUCUAGCUUCGACAUUCCUCGAAGCAUUCCUGCGAACUCUACUCCUCGUCGCUCUGCGAGCCCCGUCUCCACCAUGUCUCCUAGCAGAGUCUCCACCGACGAUGACAACCACAGCGCAACUUACAAGCGCGUAUCCUCCAGCCACACCCGCCGAAGUGGCCACGAUUACCGUCGUUACAGCGGCACAGUGAACCACUACGGUCGUCACUCGAAUGACUGGCUGUUCGGAGGCUUCAGUCUGCGGGAUACCGUUCGAGAUGGAGUGGAUCGCCUGAGACACCAUCAUGCCAAGGAUUGAAACUCGAAUAUUCUGCACGCUUAUAUCUGAUGGACUGUUAUCCAUUCCUGGGUAUUAUUGCGUUUCAUAUUCCGACAGAUGAUUCUCUAAGGUCGCAUUAGUGGCCGUCCACCAUACAGACUUUCAAAGACCCUGGAAUCUCUCCGCCGUUUAUAUCAAGGAUCAAAUUGGGGCCAAUCUGGCAACAUAUUGCCAGCCAACCUUUUGGAGGUUUCAGGAAGGAGAAAAUCCACGCACCGAGUCGCAAAAGGCUCACUCACGCGUCAUGCUUGGAUGGAUUUGUCUCACGAAAGGCUGUUGAAUUGGUCACACCUUAUCAGCACGAGAACGCUGCGCGCGUCUGUUCUGUUCUGAUCGAUUCGAUUCGGAUCUCUUUUAUGACAUGUUACGAACUUAUACCCGCUAUGCCAUUUGUUUGGUUUCGAUUAUAUCACUUUUAUUGUGUUAUUCAAUCUCAUUAAUAACGAUUUUCACUUCUCUAAC